AUCAUCCUUUUUCCAAUUCACCUUUAAAUCAUUUUAAAUUGAGGCUCGAAUUGAAACCAACAAUUUAGUAACUAUCUUUCAAAUUGUUCUGUAACGAUUUGAUUAUGGUUCGAAACCCGUAACCAAUGGUUCUCACCCCUAGUUGAAAAUCUUUAGCAAGUUGAUAAAUAUGAUCUUUCUUCUACUUCCAAGCUCUCUGUACAGGCCACUCGUAGUCGUAGCCAAUCCCAAUCUCUCACACACAACCAGACUUUGUAAAUUAGAAAUUGGUGAACGAAACUUGCCAAUUUUAAGCUUAUAUUUCUCUAUUUCCUUGUAAUUUCUCACGAAAAAGGAGAACGAUGACAUGCUGUGCGGCGUUUGGAAACCGGAUAACCAUAUACAAUCCUCUCCCAGAGAUUAAAUUAUUCAGGAUUAGGAGUACUAGCAGUGUUAGAUUGAACAAGUAUUAUGGAGGUUACAGUUUCGCCAAGCAAAUUUUCUGUUCCAACGUUUUCCCACCUCAAAACAACUAUUUGGAGCAGAAGAAACUUGGGGUUCACUAUGACAGUCUCAGAAUCUUGGAAUGGGAUAAGCUCUGCGAUUUGGUCUCCUCCUUCGCCGGCACUUCCUUGGGUCGGGAAGCCUCCAAGCUUUAUUUUGAUGAAUUGGAUGGAUGUCAGCUGCAAUUAUGGUCCUUGAAUAAGAGCUAUAAGGAAAGUUUGAUGCUUUUGCAAGAAACAAAUGCGGCUGUGGAAAUGCACAAGCAUGGUGCUUGCCGCUUGGACUUCACUGGCAUCGAUCUUCUUCUGGUGAAAUCAGCUAUCGGACAUGCUUGGAGGGGUUUACCACUCGGUGCAAAUGAAGCAAUGGCUGUUAAAGCUAUGUUAGAGCUUGCUGAUUGUUUGCGGCUUAAUCUUGAAGCUGCAAUCAAGGAAGACGCUGAUUGGUACAAUCGCUUUAUGCCUCUUUCCCAAAUGAUAAUGGAACUGGUUAUAAAUCGAUCAUUAGUUAGGAUGAUACAGCAAGUUAUAGAUGAAGAUGGAUCUGUCAAAGACUCUGCUAGUCCUGCCCUGAGAAGAUCACGUGAUCAAGUACGGAUACUUGAAAAAAAGGUAAAAUCUGUUUUUACCUGAAGUCAAACUGAUAUUGGGAAUUUCCAGAAGUUUUAUGUAAAAACUUCAAGUUUGGCAUCAAUUUAUAAUUCAAAAGGGAUACUAGUGAAAAUCUUAACAGGAAAAUUGUGGCCAACAACACAUUGACAAUAUAAUACAUUUUCUAAAGAUUCCUAUAGCACCCUGGUGCCUUUCUUAUCAA